CUUUCACUUCGGGGGAUUGACCCUCCCAUUUGCCCAAACAACUGCGUCCGGUGGUGUGCGGGCUUCCUUGUUAUGGCAAUAAUAAUACCGUUUACCCGGAUGCAAGUUCUUAUUUUCUCACUCCGGCGAUUGCGUUCACCCUCCUACAGACACAAACUUAUCCGUCGGAGUAUGGCCUCAGAUGCAACAACCCGGUUCGAUUUUCUUGUGAUUGGAGGUGGAUCUGGGGGUCUAGCCGGUGCACGCAGGGCAGCGGAGCUCGGGGCCACUGCCGCCGUGGUCGAGAGUCACAAACUCGGAGGUACCUGUGUGAGUAAAAAGUUAUCCUGGUUAUAGCCACUGUACUAAAUGAAUAGUUCCAAUGAGAACUCUGAAAUGACAUCGCAUAGGCCUAAUUUCCACGGUUCAGUCUCUGAUAUUCUGUAAAGUUGUCAGGUGUAGUUAACAACGGGUUCAUUGCGAAGCCUCGAGACCAUCCUCUUUUUGUGGGAUGUUUUUGUGCAUAAUGUUGUGGUUUGUUAGAGUUAAAAGCAGUGGGCACCGAUCCAGCGCACGAGCAUUCUACUGGUACAUAAUAAUUUUGUUUAACAGUACUAGAAUGAUGGCCACAGGUGUUCAUCACCCCCUUCUCAACAUUUCAGUCUAUGGAGGAUAAGCUAUUACAGUUACCAUGUCUGACAUCCACAAAGCCUGGUCUACCUUAUAUAACUGUAAUGAAUAGUCAUAUCUUUUGAGCUAAAGUGUAUAAAGCAGGGAUGGGCAACUUUGAUGGGGGUGGGGGCCACAAAAAAACGUAACUCAUCAUGAGGGACAGCAGUGGCAUGUGGGUCUGUGAGACCCCAACUGAGUACAAAAGGGGGGGCUCCGGCCGCCAGUUGCCCAUCCCUGAAAUAUUUUUGGGGGGUAUUUUAUUAGGAUAUCCAUUAGCUGUUGCAAAAGCAGCAGCUACUCUUCCUGGAGUCCACACAAAACAUGAAACAUGACAUAAUACAGAACAUUAAUAGACAAGAACAGAUCAAGGACAGAACUACAUCAACAAUUAUUUUUUUAAGGCACACGUAGCUUACAUAUCAAUACAUACACACAAACUAUCUAGGUAUAAAAUAUUCCUCUCCCACACAACAUGCCAGAACUUCUCCAAUCUGAGUUUGUGCAAUGUAAUUUCAAAGCUGAGACCAGUAUUCUUGCAAAAUGCAAGACGAUUCUUCGGUUCCCCAUUGCUUUGUGUCUCAACAUCAAUCACACACACCAAUGUUUCUUGCAUAGGAGCAUGGAUGGUUCCUUUUCAUACAUUGCUAUUAUAUUUCAAUGACUAGAUAUUUAAUGAUGCAGUGCAGUUAACUGAUUCGCUUGUUUUUUAGUCAUGCUCAUGUUUGUCUUCUUUUUUGUGCUUUUCUUCUUCAGGUCAAUGUCGGCUGUGUACCUAAGAAGGUAUUGUUUUAUAGUCAGCCCCCUGGUUGGGGGUGGGGGUGGGGGUGGGGCAUGUGUAAGUAGCCUAGGCACUGUUAGUAGAGCAAGGUUUGUGCUGUGUGUGUGUGUGUGUGUGUGUGUGUGUGUAUGGAAUAUUAAAUACACAUUUAUUAAACGCACACACAUGAUUUGAUAGGUAUUUGUAUGGUAAUAGAAAAGGCCAGAAGAAUGUGAUCCAGAAAUGAAAGUGUUUCCUUGUUGUUUUUGGUCUCAGGUUAUGUGGAAUGCUGCAGUUCAUGCAGAAUAUCUCCACGAUCACUCUGACUAUGGUUUUGACAGCGGACACGUUAAGUUCAGCUGGGAGUAAGUAUCUGACUUGAGGUCGCCAGAGUUGACGGACUUGUUCUGACAUCAGCCUCUCCUCUCACACCUUAAAUUACUGCAUCAUGUCAACUUACUUAGAGCCCUCACACACCAUUUUUUGUUUCUCUUUGCAUUGACGUGUGUGUGUGUGUGUGUGAUAUUCUUGCACAAGGCAAGCCUUUUCUUUGGUUCCUCAUUGUUUUAUGUGUGAAAAAGUACCACACAUUUAUAUUAAUAAGAAAUGGCAGAUUCAUGAUGAGACAUUGCAGAUUUUUCAUGAACUGACCUUCAAGAUAACAGUCAGAGACUUUGUUAACAGGUUGUUAUUUGAAGCAUCUGCAAGUUAUGCUCCUUUUGUUCCACAUCCAGAUCUCAGUUUACAUAGCAGUCUGUUGCCCCACUUUAGCCUUUUGCGUCAGUGUAUUUGGCAACUCACCACACAGAUUGUGUUACCCAGGUGACUGAGUGAUAGGGUAGACUAAGGGAGUGGCCACAACCAGUUCAAACUGAUAUAAUUUCAUCGUCCAGUGCAACAUAACAUGCUGUUUUUCAAUUAUUAUUAUGCCAUCAAACUUUUCUGUGAGCGCACCAACCUGACAUUUUGACAUUAAGUGCAACACAUUUAGAAAUGUGUGUUUUAUAAAAUUAAUUAAGAGGAAAAUGUAUUUGCGGGCCAAUUCCCCCCUCUGGUCUGUUCUGUAAUCAGUCCUUUUUUAUUUUGUGUGCAGAACUAUCAAGACCAAAAGAGAUGCAUAUGUUAGUCGGCUUAAUCACAUCUAUCGCAACAAUCUUGACAAGGUAAGCCUAAACCAGUUCACUAACUGGAAUGUAUAUUUUGCAAGACGCACAAAGGUCAAUCAAUUCCUUUCCUUUCUGCCAUAAAACAGGUUUUGACAGGUUUUGACAUGCAUAGACAUACACAAUAAUAACCAAAGUGUUGACAAAUAAUAAUGUUUUUUUUUUACUUGUUUGCGCUACCCUGGAACGGAAUGGUAACUGGUCAUCUCCCACAGGCUAAAAUUGAAACGAUUCAGGGUCACGCCAGGUUCACUGACGGCCCUGACCCCACUGUUGAGGUGAAUGGAAAGAAGUACACAGCGCCUCAUAUCCUCAUUGCCACAGGAGGGUUCCCUUCUGUCUUGAGUGACAAUGAUGUGCCAGGUAAAAAGUACAAUUAAAUUGUAUUUGUCACGUACACAGUUUACAGCAGGUAUAAAAGGUGCAGCGAAAUGCCUUGUGGUGCACAUUUAAAUGAACAACAACCUAAAUAGGUGCUUUGUGAAAUGUGACAACCCUUUUGCCAUUCUUUAUCUAGCAUGUAAUUUGUGUCUAGUUAAGCUUCAGAAAGGGUUAAUGAUGUUAAGUUAAUGAAGGCUUCGUUAAGCUUGAAAAGUUAUGUUUAGUUUAAAGAUGCACUAUGCAGAAAUCGCUCUGCCAUUUCCUGGUUGCUAAAAAAUUAUAUUAGUUAGCCAAAUGUCAGUUUAUGUGACAAAACAAGCAUGCAUAGUGUAGACAAUCAUUGUACCAUCUAAACUGCUGUGAAAUAUGUUUUCCAUAACCCAAAACAUUGUAUUUUCAGCUGUUUGAAGCUGGUGUACAAAACCGUAAAUGUAAAAGAUGCAAAAACGAAACUUAAGAACAGGAAGCAUAGAAAAGAUCUACCGCUUCAUAGAUUUGCUUUUAAUGAGAAUUACAGAUCUAUAACUCACAUUUCUAUGUGAAUUUGGUCGGCCCCAAAAAGUUACACAUUGUAGCUUUAAAUUAUGACUGAACAAUCGAUUAUGGUAUUGCAGUCUACUAUGUAAAGUUGCUAUACCUAAACGUUUGAAUAUAUUCUCAUUGUUGCUGUUCAAAUUGUAUACAUUGAUCAUUCCUUUUUUCUUUAUUAUUACAAUUAUUUUAACUUAAUUUUUAUUUAUCAUGAAGAAAUCAUGCAUUUCAAAUAUCAAAUGAAAUAAUAAGGUUGGUUAAAACUAGAAUCCUUAGUUGCUACAUACAAUUCUUGAAGAAUAUUACUUAUAAAUGAGCUUAGUUUAACUGUCGUACCCUGUCAGCUUCUUUUACUCCAAUGUUUGUAAACAAAGUAAAUGUCAACAAACACUGUUUAGCCUCAAAACAUGGUUAAAACUAUAAUUGUGACACCAUGGAUGGUCAGCCCUUGCAACCAUAGCUCUGUCUAUGAUUUGAAAGUGCUUACAUUUCUCCAGGCCCAUCCCUUAGCUUUUUAGCGAAACAGGGGUGGGGAGAUGCUUUGUUAUCAUUUCAAUUAAGGAUUCAAGCUUUAACUUUUCGUAUGAUUCCAGGGGCAAGUCUUGGCAUCACCAGUGAUGGCUUUUUUGAACUUGAAAGCCUUCCUAAGUAAGUUAAUGUUGUUAAAGACAAUAAUUUCCAUCAGCGAUGUUGGCUUGGCUUGGCUUGGCUGUUUGACAGAUUGUGUUGUGUGCAGUGUAUGUUUGUGUUUCAUCCUUUUAAAUGCUUCCUCCCAACAGGCGCAGCGUCAUAGUGGGUGCCGGAUAUAUUGCUGUGGAAAUGGCUGGCAUCCUUUCCACACUGGGGUCCAAAACAUCCAUCAUAUGUCGACAGACAGGGGUAAGAACCUAUCCAGGCAGACAUUGAGCCAUAUAUCCAGCCCACAAACACGAGUGACAGUUUUCAAUUGGUAUGGAGGUGUGGCAUGUACAAGAGGUAGCCACAAGAGGGCGUGUCUAAUCCUUUUCACCUACAGGUGUUGCGAAACUUUGACACCUUGAUAAGCUCAAAUUGCACCAAAGAAUUGCAGAACUCUGGCAUAGAGUUGUGGAAAAAUACUCAGGUAAAAGCAUUUCUUUAAUGAGGAUAGUCUAUAACUACUAUUUUUCUUGUUUUGAAUAACAUUGUAAUUUAUAAUGCAUCCAACAUUUUGUCUAUGAACAUUUCUAUGAUUAAAAUGCAUCCAACAUUUUGUCUAUGAACAUGUAUGCAUAACAUGCACAUACUCCUUCCACUGUUCUCAGAGUGGUCAUUAUUAUUUUGGUGAGAUCAACUAGGUUGUAGGCGGACUACGCAGAAUCAAUAGCUACAAAUCACCUUCCAUCCCAAAUAACUACUCAUUAUGUGAUCAUCAAGAUCUGUGAUUCUGCACCAUGCCUUGCUCAAACGGAUCCCCUGAAACAUGCUGAUAGUCUGUGUCUGCUGGCAGGUGAAGUCGGUGAGUAAGACAGGCAAUGGCCUGCUGGAGGUCACACUGGUCACCAAAGACCCAGAGAAGAAGAACGAGGAGGAGAAGAUCGGCACCAUCCAGGAAGUGGACUGUCUGCUGUGGGCCAUCGGCCGAGAGCCCAACACUGCCGGCCUCAACCUCAGCCAGAUGGUAAGGAUCACUCCUCUGACUGCUUACAAAGGUCUCUAGAAAAAAUGUGGAGAUGUUGCUAAAACCGUUUAUAUUAUUUCAGUACGUGACAAGGGAUUCGGAAACGAGUUUGGAAUGCUGUAGACUGCGAUUCCAUUGCCUGCAUUGCUCACUGUCUUCUCAUAGAUGUUGCAAAAAGAGUAAUGUCAUGUUUUUAAAGCAGCUAGAGCUACAUGUAUGAGUGUUGUGAAUAAUACAGUCCAACAAUGUCAAUAUAAAGUACAAACCAUGUGUCAGUGUACGGCUUACUGAAGGUUGGAUGUCUUCUUCGACAGGGUGUGGAUAUUGAUGAGAGAGGCUUCAUCGUUGUAGAUGAGUUCCAGAACACCACUCGCCAAGGGAUCUACGCUGUAGGAGACGUGUGCGGGAAGGCCCUCCUUACUCCUGGUAGGCUGUUAAUACUCAUCAGGGGCCUGGCAGACAGAAAAGUGGCCUAUUUGAACUAGACUUGUGUCUAGUUACAGGCAUAACUUCAACUGUAUACAGCUCGCAAUUCACCCAAGAAUCCUGUUGAAUGUGUAUAGAUUGUCUGUAAUGGAUAAGGAAGAAGAUAACUAUAAAUGUAAUCGCACAGUGUACCGUUGAUAGUUCAGACACAUUUUUGCAUUGCAAAUCUCGAUUGUGACAUAUGUUCUGUUUGGUGUGGGCAGUCGCCAUUGCAGCGGGCAGAAAGCUGGCACACAGACUGUUUGACGGCAAGGAAGAUGCCAAGGUCGACUUCUCCAACAUUCCCACGGUAGUUUUCAGCCACCCACCCAUCGGUACAGUGGGCCUCACGGAAGGUGAGUGCGCCCUUAGCAAAGAAGUCCUCAGGUGGGUGGUUCCCCUUAUCGUAAAUGUUCUCAGCUGAAGUGGGAUGAGUUGGCGUGUUUCUCUGUCAGUCUGUUGAAUAAAUAACCAGCCUAAAAGUGUGACAUUUUCUCCAUCAACUAGCGUUGCACUGCAGCCAUUGGUUGCAUCUCAAAUGGAAUGCAUUUCCCAAAAACCAUGCAGAGAGAAUGUUCGCUAAGUGCAUCGUUGAGGCAUAGUGUCGAUGCUGAUAGGAUCGAAAGAAAGGCAGCGCUGUUCUCGGAUCGGCUUUCUCCAUUGAAAUCUUACCUUAACAUUAGAAUUAUUCCACAAUACUGAUGACGGGUCAGCUCCUAGAAAGAUAUUAUCACCUAUGGCUGCAAAUAUUAAGGCAGCUUAUUCUAAUGUUUACUCUAUUAUAAUAAUGCACUAAAUCAAGAUUUCACUAAAUCAAGACAUCAUUGUGCACAUGUUGUUACAUCAAAUCAAAUUGUAUUUGUCACAUAUACAUAUUUAGCAGAUGUUAUUGCGGGUGUAGCGAAAUGCUUGUGUUCCUAGCUCCAACAGUGCAGUAGUAUCUAACAAUUCACAACAAUACACACAUCUAAAAGUAAAAUAAUGGAAUUAAGAAAUAUAUAUUAGGACGAGCAAUGUCGGAGUGGCACUGGUCAAAAGUAGCAAACUUUUUAGGGAGAAGUAGAGAAGCUGAUGGUCUUACAUUUGGUCUCCUUGUGUUACAGAGGAGGCGAUUAAAAGCAGGGGGAAGGAGAACGUGAAGUCUUACAAGACCUCCUUCACCCCCAUGUAUCACGCCAUCACCACCAGGAAGACUCAGUGCAUCAUGAAGCUGGUGUGUGUGGGCAAGGAGGAGAAGGUGAGAGGCCCCUUAAACCUGGUCCUGGAGACCCCAUAUGAUGUGUUGACUUUUGUUCUAGGCAAGCCCAGCACUAACACACUUAGGCCUAGAUUCAAUCAUAUCCAGUGUUAACGGGCGAUAGACGACUCCCGCAUAGCUGAUGUUUUGGAGGUGGAACUACGUUGGAGCUGUCAGCUGCUCUUGUGAUCAUUGUCACGAAGCCACACCCAUCCCACUCAUGUUAAAAGUUCAGAACAAGAAAGUGUAGGCUAUAUAGAAAUAAUGACGCUCAAAUUGAAAAUCAUUGAACGAAAUAAUGAGGAUUUAUAUCAACCUAAUCGAGGUAGAGAUUACAUUUAACAAUCCAGUGUUCGACCUUGUAAACAAGGCUGCAUGGGAUUUCUCUCAAUGCGACUCCGUGCAGCCAAUUGCAAUGUCCCCUUUAGGUAUAAAGCCGGGAGCCAUUGUGGAUUUGACAGCUCUUGCGCAGUUCCACCUCCAAAACCGUCAAAACAUCAGCUAUGCGGAUUUCGGCUAAAGCGGAUCUGAUUGAAUCGGGCCCCUGAUCAACUAAUCAAGCCCUUGAUUUGAUGAAGUAGGUGUUUCAUAGCUGGGCUUGAACAAAUCUUUGUUCAUUAGGCACCAAACGGAAGAGACUGAAACAGGGAGGGACUACGUAAAUUUGUCCAAUAGGAAACGCUCAUUUUAGUUUUCCGUUGCGAUACAUUUUGAAUUCUACAUUGCAUGCCCUAAUGAACACAACCCAGGAUUGAAGAACACUACCCUAGACCCCUCUAUAUUCAGCUCAAUGAGCAAGCCAUUCAUGCCAGCAUGUUUAGGCUGCCUCAAUCUAACCUGUCUCUUUCCCCCCAAGGUGGUUGGCCUUCAUAUGCAGGGCAUUGGCUGUGACGAGAUGUUGCAAGGCUUCGCAGUAGCCAUCAAGAUGGGCGCAACCAAAGCAGACUUUGACAAGACUAUUGCCAUUCACCCCACCUCGUCCGAGGAAUUUGUUACGAUGCGUUAACAACGCAAACAUCUCGACGAUCCUUAAUUUCCUAUACCGCACCAGCGAGAAUCACCAUACCAGGAAACAAGUGGCUCGACCCUCUUCCUUUGCAAAAGCUUGACAACCCAAUUUUCAAUAACAGUCCUCUACUUCCAUUUUCUUUCAUUUAGGUGACCUCUUUUGUGCACCUCAUUUGAAUCUUUUUGAAAAUGCCUAGAUGGACCAAGACGAUGAAGUUACUGCUUUCUUCAUUUGUACUGUGGGUGUUUAAGCAUUGCUUAUCAAUUUAUUAAACAUGCAAGAUUUUCCUAAUGACUGUGAAAUGGAAGUGUUGGAUCUUCUACAGGCAUUGUUGUCAAGUCAUUGCAUUGGGAGUAAGGAUAACGCUCUCCUAGUGUAUGUGAAACCCAGAUUGUCAGUCAUUGUUUUAGAACGCUGCAAACACUGCCCCCAAUUACCACCACUACUUGGUCACAAUUUCACUAGGACUGUAUUGUAAUACAUGUUGAAUAAACCUGCAGUUUUUUCUUAA